GCUUCUUCCUGACCCUGGUGGUCCUGUGCAGCUCCUGCUGCUGCCACCGGCGCCACUCCCUUCGACGUGCGCCCUCUUGCGCUCCAAGUUUCUGCCUGGGCGUGCUAUCGAUAGUGCUGGUCCUGAGUGGAGCUUUCAUCUACUGGGAGACGAGCUCAAAGGCCCUCGACACGGCUCAGAAUCAAGUUUCCCGUGCCUCGCGCGAUGUGGGCACGGCCAAAGAUGAGGGGAUUACGAUGAAGGCUACCGGGCUGGCUAUGCUCGAGAAUCUCGAGGCCAUUUCCUCUACCUGCCCGCCUGGCACCAAGACUAUAGUCCAGCACUACAUCGACCGCAUCGAGUCACAGGUCGAAAGCUUCAAUAGCGCCGUGGACGCUUUUGAGAAAGUGGUGGACCCGCUCCCAGAAAAAGUUGGCAGCCUCAAGGACCGCGGUAGCGCCAUCGCCAAGAUCGCCACGGCAGCGUUGCUGGUGCCGCUGGCCCUGGUUCUGCUGAGCUGCACAGUGGUCCUUGUGGCAGUCAUGACAUCUUGCACAG